AUGCGAAUAGACAGUGAGCGUCAAGCAACAAUAUGGAUCAGAGGAAUUGUAUUUGCUGGAAAAGAUCGUGACACGCUCAGCAGCUUAGUGGUAAUCCUCUUCCAUCCAUCCCCUUCAUGCUCGGAAGACAAACAACAUAACAUCAAUAAGCACAUGCAAUGCCCAAGAACAGACCAGUUACAGCGCCAGGCGCAAAACCAGGCGAAUGUUGACGAGAAGGCUGUGCCCCUUGACCUCCCCAGGUGUAAAAAGAUUGUUCUGGUCCUAACGGCAGCAGUUGCUGUGUCCGCUGCCCCACAGGGGUACAGCCUGCCUACACCACCCGGGCCAGUCGUAAAUCUGGGGAGUUGCGGUAAGGGGCAGGUGCGACACGUGGAUGGUAGAUGCGUGACCCCCCGCGUCAACGAACGCGUUUUCCUGUACAAUGCCCCACCGAACCCAAGACCCAAUACCCCGCCCCCAUACAUCCCAGAACCUAAAGUAGACCGCAACGUGCUGUUCAUCAAACUUGCAGAGAAACAGGUUCAAGAUCCCAUUGUGGUGCCGCCUCCAAGGCAGGACCAGUUUACUUCGUCAACUACGGCCGUCAACUAUUCUUCCGGAGGAACUAGUCUCCAGAGCGCCCUGACGACCGCCAUCAACGCCGAAGGCCAAGUCAUUACCGCUAGUGGAGGCGCUCUGGGUGGAGCUGGUGGAUUUGGAGGCAGCGGGAGUGGCAGUUUCGGAGGCAGCGGAAGUGGUAGCUUCGGAGGCAGCGGAAGUGGUAGCUUCGGAGGCAGCGGAAGUGGCAGCUUCGGAGGCAGCGGAAGUGGUAGCUUCGGAGGCAGCGGAAGUGGCAGCUUCGGAAGCAGCGGCAGCGGCAGUUUCGGAAGCAGUGGUAAUCUCGGCGGCAGCUUCGGAGUUAGCGGCAGUGGCAGCCUUGGAGGCAGUGGUAGCCUUGGAGGCAGUGGCAACUUUGGAGCUAGCGGCAGCGGUAGUCUUGGCAGCAGCGGCAGUGGCUUUGGAAACGGAAACGGAUUUGGAAGUGGAAGCAGCUCCUUUGGCAGUGGCAGCAGUUUUGGAAGUGGAAGCAGCUCUUUCGGAGGCGCAAGCGGUAGCAGCGUUGGAGGCAGCAGUGCCUUUGGCAGUGUCAGCAGCGUUGCAGGUGGCAGAAGUGCCCUCGGAAGCAGCAGCACGCUUGGUAGCGGAAGCAGUACCGGAAGUGGCGCCAGCGGUGCUUUUGGCGGCACUUUCGGAAGCAACAGUGACAGCAACCUUGGAAGCUUCAGCAGCAACUUCGGAAGUGGCAGCAGCGGUUUCGAGACCAGCGGUAGAAGCAGCAGCCUUGGAAGCAGCAGCAGUACCGGGGGCAGCCUAAGUCUCAGUGGAUCUGGAUCAUCAGGAGCAGCCAGCGGGAGCUUCGGAACUGACUCUGGCUUCGAAAGCACUGCAUCGAGAAGCUCUUUCAGCGUGCCAGCCCUGUCCAGCAUCUACACGACACCAUAAUCUGUAGGAAGACAUUCUUUAUGAAUCUUCGGCUUCAUAUAAUGUGACUCCUAAAGAGAAAAAAAUUAUAAUCAAAGUGCUAGAAACUUUGAUUUAUAGCGAAGUAGAUCAGAACAACCAAAUAAACUUGCACGC